UACAAGAAGUUUACUUCUGGCGUUUUGACGUUCGAUUUCGUUCAUUUCGUUUUUAUUCCUGUAAGAUGUCGCACAGAAAGUUCAGUGCUCCUCGACAUGGUUCUAUGGGCUUCUACCCCAAAAAGAGAUCCCAAAGACACCGUGGUAAAGUUAAGGCUUUCCCUAAAGAUGAUCCAUCCAAACCCGUUCAUUUAACCGCUUUCAUCGGUUAUAAGGCCGGUAUGACUCACGUGUUACGUGAAGCCGAUCGUCCAGGUUCAAAAAUUAACAAGAAAGAAAUUGUGGAGGCUGUUACAAUUUUGGAAACUCCACCAAUGGUGGUUGUUGGCGUUGUUGGAUAUAUCGAAACUCCACAUGGUCUACGUGCUUUGGCCACCGUUUGGGCUGAACAUUUGUCUGAAGAUUGUCGCAGACGUUUUUACAAGAACUGGUACAAGAGCAAAAAGAAGGCUUUUACCAAAAGUUCAAAGAAAUGGUCUGAUGACUUGGGCAAAAAAUCAAUUGAACGUGAUUUUAAGAAGAUUGUGAAGUACUGUAAAGUCGUCAGAGUUAUUGCCCAUACACAGAUGAAAUUACUGAAACAAAGACAGAAGAAGGCACAUAUUAUGGAAAUCCAACUUAACGGUGGAACUGUAGCUGAUAAAGUUGCCUGGGCUAGAGAACAUCUUGAAAAACCCAUCCCUAUCGCCUCUGUAUUUGCCCAGGAUGAGAUGAUUGACUGCAUUGGUGUAACCAAGGGUAAAGGAUACAAAGGUGUUACAUCGAGGUGGCACACAAAGAAACUGCCCCGUAAGACACACAAAGGUCUUCGUAAAGUUGCUUGUAUUGGAGCAUGGCAUCCGUCUCGUGUGUCCUUCACUGUAGCCCGUGCUGGUCAAAAGGGUUACCAUCACCGUACUGAAAUGAACAAGAAAAUCUACAGAAUCGGUGCGGGAAUUCACACCAAGGAUGGCAAAGUUAUCAAAAAUAAUGCUUCUACUGAAUACGAUUUAACUGAAAAAACUAUCACUCCUAUGGGAGGUUUUCCACACUACGGUGAAGUGAACAAUGAUUUUGUGAUGAUUAAGGGAUGCUGUAUGGGGCCCAAGAAACGAGUUAUUACGCUUAGAAAGUCUUUGUUGGUCCAUACUAAACGUGUGUCUCUGGAGAAGAUCAACCUGAAAUUCAUCGAUACGUCGUCCAAAUUCGGUCACGGUCGUUUCCAGACUCCGGCAGAUAAGGCUGCUUUCAUGGGCCCUCUUAAGAAGGAUAGGCAGAAGGAGGAAGAGAAAACCGCAGCCCCGGCUGCUUCGGCUAGCUCUUAAAUUGGAUAUAUUCGUGUAUAUCCAGCGGUUUUAUUGUAAUUGACGUUAAAAUAUAUAACCGUUUUAUCUAAAA